AUGGAUCAUAGACAUGGGCCCGCCACACAGAGACCACUGCCUCCCCAUCGCGCAGUGAGCGGCUCAUACACCCUCCAGCAGGGCCUCCGCCGACCCCCGCUCCCCUCCAGACUCAGCAAUGUCCGCUCCGUAUCCCAGCCUACCCCGAACAACGUCGUCGAUCUCACCGGCGAUGCGCCCAAAUCCACCCACGCCAAGAACACUGCAGCUUUCCUGAGCAACCACGACGACGUCUCCCGCUCCCCGGAUGUCAUGAAUUUGGAAGAUGAGGACGACAACGGACGCCCUGCGAAAAGAGCAAAGAUUGGUGGGCAUGGCUUUCGUGGUGGAGAGGGCCGAGAGGGGACUCCGGAGCAUGGCACAGAUACGGCACAUUUGACACUUCCGGGAUCGCCUCUGCCACAGCUGCCCAAGCCAAAUGCAUCUGCCAACAGGAAUCCGUCGCAGAGGAGGAGUCGUCCGGUGGUGGACAGGCUUGCUCGCAAGGCAAAUGGCUUGGAGCCGCCAGCCAUGGCUACCAGGCUACCUGCUCCUCGUGGUGUGGCCGACUUCUCCCCAUGGACUGGUCACCACCCGGAAGAUAUCCUCAGCGAGACCGUCGUCAAGGCUGGCUAUUUUGACAAACCUCCUGGACCCAACUCCACCGAAUCCAACUCUGCCAAACCGGCAAUCUGGCCCAACUUGAGCCAGAAGAACAACAUGGGACUGCAAACAUUAUCCUAUCUAUUCACAUCUAUCAUGGAGAAGCGACUGGCCAUGGGCAAACGCACAGCACCAUCCACCUUCAAACCUCCGCCGCGUGUCACCGUCACGGACACGAAGCGUGAAGCAUGGCUGAAGGACCUUGCAAAUCCAGAAGUGCCACUUCGAAAGCAGAGUAGGACUAUACCACAUGGCAUUCGCGGUAAAGUGCUCAUGGAACAAUGUCUUGGCAAAGACAUCCCGAUGCCACGAGCAGUCUGGCUUGCAAAGUGCGUGGGAGCGAACGAGCUGCGUGCUUUUCGAAGAAAAGGCGUCAGCGGCGCAAACGCGGUCAGUGGAGAGCAGAAAUGGAUUCGUGACUGGACCGUCAACAUCGAGCAGUUUCUGGAAGGGGUCAUUGCUCUGUGCGGACAGCCAGAGUGGCAGGCGAAGAUGGACUAUGCAGUGAAACUGGCUACCGCUUUCUACUCAGAACGACUUUUGGAAAGAGACCAUUAUCUGGAUUGGAUCGUUACAUCUCUUGGAGAGACUUCCAUUCCACGACUCCCAAUUUGGGUCAUUCUCGCGCAACUUUACUGGAAAGAUAUCACUGCAUUCGGCAGAAGAGGAAGACAGCUGGCCGAGGCGGUCUUGGCCAAGCUCCACGAAGUCAGUACCGGGGUUGUACAACUCAAUGAUUCGCUCAAAGAAAGGUUGAAGAAAUUAAUCGUGAUACUGGCUGUGACAAAUCGGGGAUGUCUUAUCAUGCCAAGGGCGUGGGAGAAGUACCGAUAUCUUCUCGAACCGAUGUCGCUUUCAGGCAAAGCUGCACCCCUAGAGACGCCAGCGCGGAACGUGCAGAGGCGGAACGAGCGGCUUACAGGACCGUUGCUGAAGACGUCUCAGAACACCCGUUGCGCGCUCCUGGAGCUCUACUCUGCACUGGACACGAUUGGAAUACACUUUGACAUUCAGGCACUAACCUCUGCCUGUUUGUUGAAAGUUCCAUAUCUUCAAAAUCUAGUAUGCGCUUUGCUGGACUGGUCCGCGUCUGUGUAUCGCACCGGUCUCAGUCGCGUGUAUUUGGUGGCCAAAAUUAUCGAAGAACUUCACUCCCGUGGACAUGACAUUGACGCCGUCGUUCUCCACUAUUUGACAUCCGCAAACACCACUUGCAUAUCCAUCGCCAAUGUACAUCGGGUUGUGGCAGAGCUGGUGCGAGCUCGUUGCUUUUCAGCAAGCCGAUACCUACAAAGAUUGAUGACUAGCGGAGCACUUUCUGCUGGCCAGGGCGCAUCACUGAUAACGGGUCUGCUUACAGCGCUACCGGUAGAUGCACUCUCGGAGAACCUCAUAAACACAAGAGAGGCACUGAUGGGACGUCUCGGCCAGUCGCCCGACGAGACUGCCGCAAUCCGCCAACUGAACUACGCAAUCAAUCUGGAGAAUGGCAGUUUUCAGAUCCCAGUGGCGAAGGCCCUCUCUCAAUUGGAGAACAUCUCCACUUCCGCUCGAAUGCGAUUCGCUCGCGAUUAUUGCACGCGUGUCAUGGCCUGGGCGAAGCAUUCCGGUCUCUCCAUUGGCUGUUUCUGCUCCAUGAGGGAUACCCUGGAGCGGUGUCAGGAUCUGCAAGCUCUGGCAGAUGUAGUCGAUGCGGCGAUGGAAAGUGAAGACCCAAUCUUGUUGGCUGCUGUAUGCGACACCGUCAAUCUGCACUCGCAGAGCUUCGCCGCUCUUGGGUGUCUGCCGCCCAAGUUCGACCGUCUGUGGGUCAGAUAUCGGACUCUGCGGUCGCAACAACCACUUGACCGAACUUUCAUUCUCGCCCUUGGAGCCUUGACGCGGCAACUACCGGACCAGACCAUGUAUCUGCAACUGCUGGAGAGCGACUUGGCGUAUUGCGAGUCGCAAAAUUCGAUGGCGGCUUGCUCACCAGCUUCCGACAGCCUUGUCAGCAUGCAGGCAUCCUCACUCGAAUCUGAUAACGACAUGGAUGCCGUAUUUGCUAGUGGUAACACCAUGGAUGAACAACUGAUGCAAAGGGUGUUCUCACGGAUCGUGCAGCGAGCUGGCAAGCCAAGACUCCUUGAAGGUGACGAGACCAGCAGGAUUUGCAGCUGGUUCAAUCAGUUGAGGGCCGUCGAUAUCACAGGCUUCAACCAGCUCGUCAAGAAAUAUCUUCGGACUUCCCUGCAGAGUUCGGCACAAAACGAGGAUUCGAUCAAGGUCAUUGCCUCGCUCAUCGCAAGCUCAUGCCUGCACCUCAACUCAGUCGUAGAAGUGGCACGAGAUCUGAAGACACCUGCGGCUUCUUCGAAAGCUAUUCAAUUGGUGUCGUGCGCCAUUUCGAACGAGACCUUGGGGCCGAUGGAGGCAUUCCGAUUCCGCGCGCGGCAACGACAAUUCGCAAAGGAGCACGAAGCCAAAGUGAUUGCUCUGUUGACAACAAGUAUGGAAGACCCCAGGUUUCCCGCGCAUGAUCAAGGAUUGGUCGACAUGGUCCUGGACUAUGCAGUUGGCACUCAUGCUGGAGACUUCGCCAAGAUAUAUACGAAUGCUCUACAGAAGUCCUCUAUUUAUCUUGGCAACUGUCAGCGUUUGGUUCAGAACAUUUUGCAACGCAGCGGCAACCAGGAUGCGGCGUCUUGUGACGUGCGAUCCUUGAUAGCGCUUGCGGACCCCCUUUCCGCUGUUCACUGCUCAGCUGCCUUGGCAAUGUCGUCCAGAACCGAGCCAAAGACGGACAUACAAGGUGCGAUUAUGGAAGCUAUUUCUCAUGGAUGCGAGGUCUGGCCCCAACUUCUGGAAGCUGCCGGACAGGAGACGAUACGAGGCAUCUAUCAAUGGGCACUGGACGACGUUCUCAACGGCGUGCUUGGAAGCGAUGGGACAAUUCUGCCUGACCAGAACCGGAUCCAACGCCGCUUGGAUAUCCUCGAUGUGGCUUAUCAUGCGGAAAAGGGAGACGACAAUGCUCGAAUUGUGUCUUCUGUCACAGACAAGAUGAGAGCGAUUGAGCAUCGCCUCUCAAGCCUUGAGCCCUAUGAGCUUGGAAAUCACUCGACGACGCCGCUCCUUUGCUCGUUCCAAGUCCUCCUGCAUCUGUCGAUCCUCUAUGCUGUGAGCCCUAGCGACGACAGUGAUGCAUUGAAGCAAAGUCGUUCGAAUCUGCUCUCGACGCUGUGUUCGCUCAUGCUUCAAGAAAAUCUACAGACUCAACAGGGACUACUGGAGUACAUCUACGAUGUUGCCUCUGCCGUGGCGGAUACCCUCCCGAUCGAGACAUUGUCUGCCCUGACGAAAAGCGUGACUGCCAAAGACCCGCGCCUGGCUUCUGUUCUCGGAAUCACGCCUUCGCCCGAUGCUUGGUUGAAUCUUGCCUCGCAUCCUCAGGCCGCCGGCACCCAACAGCAAAGGGCUAUGAUGAGACAGUCGCAGCCGCAGCAACAAGCAGGAAGGCAACCCGCUUCCGCUACCCCAUCCGGAAGCAAGGCGCCGGUUCGUCCAGUGGGAGAGACGAAGAUGGUGCCCUUUCCACUACGUCGAUGGGAAAUCAUGGGCGACGCGACCCCAGCCAUGGGAGAUAACGACACGAGUCUGAGCCUGGCUCUGUUCGGGGCGAGGAAGGUAUAG